AUGGACAACACGUCCAUCAUAACACAGGUUGCAAAUCCCAAAGAGGAAGAAAGCAUUUGCGCAAGUCAAGAUAAAGUCUCCCAGUCCAACAGCAGCCUCAAGAAGCACCGCAGUCGCAGCAUUUUCAGUCCAUUCUUCUGCUGCUUUCGCAACUACAAUGAAUACCACGUGGAUCCCCCUGCCGCCAACAACAAGACGCACGCCCUGCCGCUACCGCCGCCUCCCGAGGAGAACGGCGCUCUUCCCAAGUGUGACCAGGUGCAGACUGCUCCCAUCCCCAGUCCUCCAGCCAAGUUCCUCCUGCCUGAGGUCAGUAUAGCCGACUAUGGCAGGAACUGCGUGGUGAUCGACCUGGACGAGACGCUCGUUCACAGCUCUUUCAAGCCCAUUAGCAAUGCAGACUUCAUCGUUCCCGUGGAGAUUGAUGGAACUGUUCAUCAGGUGUACGUGCUGAAGAGGCCUCACGUGGACGAGUUCCUGCAGAGGAUGGGAGAGCUCUUUGAAUGUGUCCUCUUCACCGCCAGCUUAGCCAAGUACGCGGACCCCGUGGCAGAUCUACUGGACCGUUGGGGUGUCUUCCGCGCUCGUCUCUUCAGGGAAUCCUGUGUGUUCCACAGAGGAAACUACGUCAAAGACCUCAGCCGGCUGGGUCGCGAGCUCGCCAAGGUCAUCAUCGUUGACAACUCGCCCGCCUCUUACAUCUUCCACCCUGAGAACGCUGUGCCCGUGCAGUCGUGGUUCGACGACAUGGCGGACACGGAGCUCCUGGAGCUCCUCCCCAUCUUCGAGGGCCUCAGCAAGGAGGACGACGUUUACAGCCUCUUACAGAACCUGAGGGACAGGUAG